GCUUCUAUCGCGGAUUUCUUCCCUCCAAAAAACAUCCGCUAUCGGUAUUGUCCCUUUGUUAGGGAACUGAGAAAAAACAUUAGUGCCCAUCUCGCAUCUCUCCCCUAUUCUGCCUCUGCCCGAAAGCCUACUAUACCGAUACUAGCGCCGCAAUACGGACGGUAAACAGCUCUAUUACUCCCAUCAAGCUCCCGUCCCGCCAUCUCCACCCAACAACCCCGCACUCUUUUCGCUCCGUCAACCUCACCCCCAACGCUCCGAUGGCCCUUCCAAAACGCAUAAUCAAAGAGACCGAACGUCUGGUUGCUGAACCGUAAGCACUCACCAUUCUACCUGUGCUGGCCGGAAAUCCAAGGGGGUCCGCUUUUUUCAUACAUUUCUGCCUGGGGCUGCUUCACCCGUCGACCUGGUGGAAAUGUAUUUACUAACGCUAUUGAGGUACCCAGCUGACAUAAAAUAAAAAAUCUUUCAAACAUGCAGAGUUCCAGGAAUUAACGCCGUCCCGCACGAAGAUAAUUUGCGUUACUUUGACGUUACUGUCCGUUCGCGUGUGUGUUCGUCCGGUUCAAGUGCAAGCUACUGACGCUGCCCGAGGGCUUUAUCUAGAUCCAUGGCCCCACUCAAAGCCCGUAUGAGGGAGGCAUCUUCCGUCUCGAGCUAUUCCUCCCCGAAGAUUAUCCCAUGACACCCCCAAAAAUCAGGUUUCUUACCAAGAUCUACCACCCGAAUAUCGACAAACUUGGGAGAAUUUGCUUGGACGUGCUCAAAGGUUGGUUUAUACUGUUCCGUGACUUGGGUCCGGCGGCGCCUCGCUAGAUGGGAGAAUGGUUUCUUAUCUUGGUAUAGGAAACUGGUCCCCUGCACUUCAGAUCCGUACUAUACUUUUGAGUAUUCAAGCUCUCCUCGGAGCGCCAAACCCGGAUGACCCAUUGGCGAACGAUGUGGCUCAGAGAUGGAAGGAAGACGAGAGGGCUGCUAUCGAGACUGGUAAUUUCUAUCGCCCCAUUGGUUUGGAGUAUAGUACGAGGGGUGCCUUUACUAAACUAUGAUCGCUUCCGGGGACAUAGCAAGGGAAUGGACCAUGACCCACGCAAGAGUCUGAGUAGUAGCUUGUCCACCCUUUUAGCCAACAGAUAUAACUUUACGACUGCUUUUUAAUCUAUCGGUUUGUACUUAUAAAGCGAUACGAACUGUGGGGGGGGCGGUCCGGAAUGGUCAUUAUUCUUUCAAGCUUUUAACGUUCAUCCUGACCUGCUAUUCUUCUCUUGCGCUCUUCCAUGUCUGUUUAGUUUUGUUCUUUCACAUGUUCUGUACUCGGGAGUUGGAGACAAACUAGUUGGAGGCUGCGGAAUAGAAAUCUGCAUUUGGUUCGAUCUUUCUAGUUUGAAUUUUCACCUACGAAACGCCAGGUUCCGGGAGUAAUUAAAAACUUAUGCAGCAGUGUAACCGACCACCCUAGGAAACAGUUUCGGGAGGAAGCGAUUGUUGGAACUGUUUGCAUUCAGGGCAACAUAAACGAGGCGGGCCACACAGCCUAGGAUACCAUUGCCGGCUUCCCCUUCAACCACCGAGACGGAGGCCAGCAUUGCGCAUGAGUAUGGCAUUCCCGCGAACCCGCGGUCUCUUAUUGCAGUAGUCUCGGAGGCAGUGGGCCUUCCCCCGAAGCGUGGUGGGGGUGGUGGGGGUGGUGGGGGUGGUGGUGGAAGCAAGAAAUGAGCACAUUUAAAAUCCUCGUGGCACAACAAGCCAAUGCUUGUUCACAGCACACU